AUGUUUCGAAAAUUACUUUUGUCAAGAAUAUUUAUUGUACCAACAACAACAACAUCUUUUUCUUAUCGCUAUUUAUCAGUAACACCUUCAACAGUCUUGAAAACGGAAGAUCUAUCUCAUCCAUCCCAUCGUCGUGCAAAAAUAUAUAAUUUGAAAUUAGGUCAAUUAAUGAAAUAUUACAAUGAUUUAAAUCAAAAUGAAAAAUCAUUAAAAUUAUUUGAUUCAACACUUGCAAAAGGUAUUAAACCUGAUUCACAUAUAUAUUCAUUGGCAUUAUUGACUUGUGCAAAUUUAAAAAAUCUUGAUAAAGGAAAAUGGCUUCAUAAACUAGUCGAAUCAUCGUCUGAGAUCGAUAUAAUUGAAAAUAAUAUUAUUAAAAUAUCUUUAAUGAAAAUGUAUUCACAAUGUGGACAAAUGAAAGAAUGUGAAAAUAUAUUUUUUGAACAAAUUCGACAGCAUGAUAUUCAUACUUAUACAGGAAUGAUGCAAUGCUAUGAUUAUAAUCAAAUGGCUGAAAAAAUUAUAAUUUUAUUUGAAAAAAUGAGACGUAAUGAUCAACACAUUCAACCGUCCGUUACACUGUAUAUGUUAAUAUUACGAGCCUGUGCCAAAUUACGUAAUUUAGAAAAAGGAAAAGAAAUUCAUGAACUAGUGACUCAAAAAUCAAUGAUGAAGUCUCAAAUUCUAUCAAUAAUAAUCGAUAUGUAUUCUCAAUGUUUUGAUGUUAAAUCAGCUGAAAUAUUAUUUCAGACACAAACAAAAUAUUCGGUGUAUACAUAUAAUUCAAUGAUGAAGUGCUAUAAUUUGAAUCAGAUGCCUCAACGUACACUAGAACUCUAUGCAAAAAUGAAAUUCAAAAAGAAACAAGAAGAAAUAGAAAUGAAUGUACAGACAUUUAUUAACGUCUUACAAGCCUGUUCAAUGAUUGCACAUGUCUGUUUAGAGGAUGGUCAGGCGGUGCAUGCUGAACUAUUGUACAAAUAUAAGAACUUAACGAAAUCGAUUGAAUUACAAAUUGCACUAAUUCAAUUCUAUGGUCAUAGUGGUGACGUUCAAAGUGCAAAAAAAAUAUUUGAUCAACUAGGAAAAGGUAGACGGACAAUAGAAAUAUGGAAUGCACUCUUGAAUUCUUAUGCGAUUAAUGCGCGCACCAAUGAAGUAUUGAAAUUAUUCAAACAAAUGAAACAAGAUGGUUUUAUACCUCAAUCUCAAACAUACUCUAUUGUUUUAUAUUCGUAUGGUCAGUUAAAAAUGAUUGAAGAAGCAAAAAUAUUAUUUGAAUCGAUUGAAGAAAAAAAUAAUUAUAUUUAUGGAACUAUGAUUGAUACAUUAGUCCGUAACAAACGAUAUGAUGAGGCACAAUUGUUGAUUGAACAGUAUGAAAAGGAGAAUGUAUCAAAUCCUAUUCUCUAUUUGAUAGUAUUAGAUGCAGCUAAAAAUGAUGGAAAUGUGAUUGAAAUAUCGAAAAUAACUGAAAAAUUAAAACAAUUCGAAAAUAAAAUUGAUUUACAAUAUUACACAUCAUCACAUGUUAAAUUAGGAAAUGCAUACACAGUACAAGGUCAGUAUGAACAAGCUAAUCAUAUUUACUCCAUGAUCACAAGUAGAGAGUAUGUGGACAUUUCUGAUAUAUCGUGGGUAAAUAUCAACGGUAUUAUUCAUUCACUCUAUUCUAACGAUAAACAACAUCGAAAUAUAGAUGAAAUUGACGAAGAAUUAAAUAAAUUAGAUAAACAAUUAGAUGGACGAUUAAACUUAUCAAAACAUAGUGAACUAUUAGCGUUAGCAUUAGCUUUAAAGAAAACGACUUCCACAAGACCAAUUCGAAUAACAAAAAGUUUACAAAUUUCUUUAAAAUGGAAAAUUCUUAUUGAUGAACAAAUCAAAUCAUAUUUGGAAACAGCAGACGUUCGUUUGAUGACAACACUAUGUGCAAUUAAAGAAACAGAAUUAUUAGGACCAUUGGGCCAUGGGCCAAUGUUAAUUUUGAAACAAUAUCAGAUUUUCAAGUGUAAUCAUUAUCCAUUAAUAUCAGCUGAAAAAUGUAUAGAACAAUUAUUAGCGAAAGAAAUAAACAAAAAUUUUUUUAUUGCAUCACAGUCAUUAUCACUGCGUACUUACAUUCGUGCUCAUUAUCCUUCGUUACCCACACUGUUGAUCACUCAUAAUUCCAUCAAUUUAGAACGUCCAUCUGAUAUUUCUCAUUCAUAUGUGAAUGAAACUCAAACAGCUAAGUUAAAUUUAACAAAAUAUGAACAGGAUACAUUAAAACAAAUUAAACAAGAUGUACUACCGACAACUGAUGAAAAACCAAAACCAAAGAGAAAGAAAAUACAGGAACCAAAUCCGUUAGCGAGAAAAAAGAAAAAAUUGAUGAAACCAAAUAAAAUUGCUGUAAUUAAACAUAAAAGAAAAACAAAACGACGAAAAAUGAGAAUGGCACCGCAUCUUUAUUUACAUGGUGAUUAUGAGCAAAUAUUAGAACGAAAAGAAAAUGUUUUAUUUAUAUGUAAUCAUCAAAGUUCAGUUGACUGGUUAAUUGUGAAUAUGUUAGCUGUGCGACAAGGCAGUCUGGGACAUAUACGUUAUGUAUUAAAAGAAGAUUUGAAAUGGAUACCACUUUAUGGCUGGUAUUUUUGGCAGGUACUGCAAUUUCAUCGGCAUCUUAUUGUUCUACAUUACACAGAGAAAGAUCGCUGUUGACUGAUUUUAUUUGGCUAUUCAUCACUACAUGCACGACUGUUUUUAUUCACCAUAAAAAGGUACCGCUAGUUUAUAACAUUUCAAAUGAUUAGCUUUCUAUUAUAGAGUAAGAUAGAGAUUUAUAAGGUGCAUCUGACUAUAUGCUUCUUAGGACUUGGCGUUGUACUACAGUUCUUGUUUGAACUAAAAAGGUUGGGUAUUGGGUACCUCUGUGAUAUCUAUGUAUAUAAAAUUUCUUUUUUAUUUCUACUUUUUUGACAAACGCAUUUUACCGUUAAAUAGGCGAGUUGAUCGU